AUGACUGAAGAAAAAAAUGAAUUUGUCCCGGAUUGGGCUGAUACACCUAACGAUAACGAAAAAAAAGAGCGUAAAAGCACAGCUGUAGCAUUUGGUGCAAAUAAGGACCCGAAAUGGUGGGAUAUCAACACAUUUAGCAAGGAGGAUAAUCCGCAUGGUCUUCUUCAAGAAUCCUCAUUUUCGUGUCUUUUCCCAAAAUACCGCGAAAAAUAUAUUCGAGAGUCGUGGCCGCUUAUCGAAAAAGCAUUUUCGGAGCACUAUUUGAAAGCUGAUCUCGAUCUUCUUGAAGGCACAAUGACGGUGAAAACGACGAGAAAAACAUGGGAUCCGUAUAUUAUAAUGAAGGCUCGUGAUGUUCUCAAAUUAUUAGCACGCAGUGUUCCCUACGAGCAAGCAAUUCGAGUACUCGAAGACGAGAUAUUCUGCGAGAUCUUGAAAAUCUCGUCUAUGGUUAGAAACAAGGAGCGCUUUGUGAAACGACGAGCUCGUCUCAUUGGUAACGAAGGCGCCACUCUCAAAGCUUUGGAGCUUCUUACCAAUUGUUACGUAUGUGUUCAAGGAGGCACUGUGUGUGCUGUAGGCAACCUUCCUGGAUUAAAACAAAUUAAUCAAAUUGUAACCGAUUGCAUGAAUAAUAUUCAUCCAAUCUACAAUAUCAAAACGAUGAUGAUCAAACGUGAAUUGGCAAAACGAGAAGAUUUGGCGGAUGCGAACUGGGAGCCAUAUUUGCCGAAAUAUCGAAAGAAGGUGCAAGCAGCGGCCAGCACGAGAGAAGCGAAGAAGAAGAAGGCGAUGAAGAUAAAGAAGAAGGGCGAAUACACUCCGUACCCACCUGCUCCAGUUCUUAGCAAGAUUGAUAAGCAGCUUGAAUCGGGAGAAUACUUUAUUCGGGAAAAUGAGCGCAAACUAAACAAGAAGCGCUCGAAGAUUGAGGCGUCAGUCGUCAAAUCUGCCGAGAAUCAACAGAAGAAGCUCAAGGUUUAUCAAGCAAAGGAAGAAGCACCACGAGAGAAGGCAACGAGAAAACGAGAAGCUGCUCCUUUGGAUCUUGAGAAACUCAAGAAGAAGGCUAAAAAGAACAAAAGCUGA